AUGGGAUCUUCUUUCUUCCUCUUCCUUCUUCUUCUGCUGUCUUGUGUCUGCUCUGUGAGCUCUGCCACUUGCUCUUUUUCAAAGGAUAAUGUCAAAUCCAACUGGAAAGUGGUCAAUGGUGCACUGCAGAUCAAUUUUGAGAACAUUGGAAUUUCAAAUGAGCAGUGGACUGGCGUGGCUUUUGGGUCUGAAAUGGUACAGUAGUGAAGAGUUCUUCCGCAAUCAUUUAGUUUUCAGUCGAGCCUCUCGGUGAUCCUCCUGCUCGUCGAGAACAAUCAGGUGUCGAUCCGCACCGGAAGAACCACCGGUUACUCCCCUCCGGCCCUGGAUGCUCAGUCCGUCGCCUCUUUGCAAACGGCAAAUCUGUCCGGCCGCACCCUCAACGCGCUCAUCACUGUUCCCCUCACUUUCAACGGAGUCGACCUGCAGAGCUGUCAAACGUGGAAUGUGAGUGACGAGUGAGCAAGUGAUCCGAGUGCUACCGGUCCGUUUCAGUUCGUUCAAGCCGGAACAAUCGUGGGCGGAGGCAUCGGACAGCACACUUCCCGGCCGGAUCAAGUGAACGACGUCUGUGCCGCGCAGUGUACUUGA